AUGCCUCGGCCGCUCCUGGCAGUCGCCGUCGCCGCCCUCGUGCUCGCGCUCGCCGGUGCUCAUGGCUUCCGGAUCGAGGAGGCGAGCGUGGACAGCAUCCAGCUCGGCUUCAACAACGGGAGCCUCACCUCGGUGGACCUCGUCCGGUUCUACCUGGACCGGAUCAGCCGCCUCAACCGGCUGCUGCACGCCGUCAUCGAGGUCAACCCGGACGCGCUCCCGCAGGCGGCCCGCGCCGACGCGGAGCGCUGCUCCGGCCGCCACCGUCGAGCCAUCGGCGCGCUGCACGGCGUGCCCGUCCUGCUCAAGGACAACAUCGCCACGCGCGACGCGCUCAACACCACGGCUGGGUCAUUCGCGCUUCUCGGCUCCGUGGUGAGGCGGGACGCCGGCGUGGUGCGCAGGCUGCGGCGCGCCGGCGCCGUGGUGCUGGGCAAGCCGGCAAGGCAAACAUGGACGAGUGGGCCAACUUCCGCAGCUUCUCCGGUGGCAGCUGGAGCGCCCGCGGCGGCCGGGGCAGGGCCGAUUUGCCACACGGUGGCUGAUGCAGUCCACGUGCUGGACGCCAUCGUCGGCUAUGAUGCCCGGGACGCUACUCCAACGAUGGAAGCUUCCAAGUACAUCCCUCAUGGUGGAUACAUGCAGUUCUUGAAAAAAGGUGGCCUUGGUGGGAAGAGGAUCGGUGUUCCUAGUGGCUUCUUCAACUUCCCAAAUGGGACUGUGCAACAGAUGGCCUACGCGCAACACCUCAACACAAUGAGGAAACAAGGAGCAGUUGUGAUUGAGAACCUUGACAUAGAGAAUUUAAGUGUCCUAUUGGAUUCCCAAAACAAUGGCCAACAGAUCGCAUUACCAGCAGAGUUCAAGUUAAGCCUCAACUCCUAUCUGUCAAACUUAUUAUAUUCCCCAGUUCGGUCGCUUGCAGAGAUCAUAGCUUUCAACAAUGCACAUCCUGUUGAGGAAAACAUGAAGGAAAAUGGUCAAACCGUAUUCCUGGUGGCUGAGAACACAACGGGCAUCGGUGCCUCGGAGCGAGAGGCGACCAGUCAGUUAAACAAGCUGUCCGCCAAUGGGUUGAAGAAGUUGAUGAGGGAGCACGAGCUAGACGCCAUCGUGACACCUAAUAAUGCAGUAUCCUCAGUGCUCGCCAUUGAUGGCAUGCCGGCCAUCACCGUGCCGGCUGGGUACGGCAAGCUGGGGGUGCCGUCUGGUCUCUGCUUUGGCGGGUUGAGAGGGUACGAGCUGAGGCUGAUCGAGAUGGCGUAUGCCUUCGAGCAGGUUACCAUGGUCAGAAAGACGCCCGCGUUCUUGCCAUAG